AUGUUCCCAGCCGUCCCUGGAUCUAAGUUCGUCAAAGCAGCUUACGAGGAAAAACCUGAAACAGAAACAGAGAUCAAGGAUCGUCUGUCACCGGAUGAGGAAGCACAGCCACAUAUCAUUGAGUCAAAGGACUACGAUAUCGAGGAACAUGAGAAACCGCUCUCUUCACCAAAAAAAGUGGAGCGCUCACCUUCCCUCAGCAUCGAGCCCAGAGUCCCUGGCGAAGAAGAUUUUGUCAGUUCAGAGAUCUAUCCAGACAUGGAAGAGGAUCAUCAUAAACUGCUCCAUGGCAAAACUGGGGAAGGUGAACAACAUAUUAUCGAAUCGGAAGACUUUGACAAGGACGAACAACGCUCGCUCUCUUCUCCCACAAGAAUGGAAAUGUCUUCUUCAGCUGAGGUCCAUCACCUGGGAGAACACAACGAGGAUCUAAUUACCACCAAAGAUUCUCAAAUAGCCUUGACGGGAAAGCAUGGCGUUUACAUUCCACAAGGUGGAGAAAGUGAUUCACAUGUCAUCGAAUCGGAAGACUUCAUUUCGCAGAAGGAGCGGUCGCUUUCACCUACAAAAUUAGGACUAGCUUCUUCCGCUCUCUACUUCCCAGAAACUCAAACUGAGGACAUGGCCGCCAUCAAGGAUUCCCCAAUUUCCUUGACAGAAGAGCGUGGAGUUUACACCCCACAAGCUGGAGAAGGGGAUUCACAUGUUAUCGAAUCGGAAGACUUUGCCGAGGAUGAGCAAGGAACCCUUUCUUCCCCCACGAGAAUGGAACUGCCUACUUCGGCUGCCCUCUACCCAGAAAGUCAUAUCAAAGAUAUGACUACAGUCAGGGAUGCCCCAAUAACGUUGACCGAAGUGCAUGACGUUUACGCUCUAGGUGGAGAAGCUGACUCACAUGUCAUCGAAUCAGAAGACUUUGUGGAGCAGAAAGAGAGGUCACUCUCACCCACAAGAGUAGGACCGCCUUCUUCCACUGAGAUCCAACAUCCAGAAAGUCACAUUGAGGAUAUUACUACCACUCGAGAUUCCUCACUGAUAUUAACAGGAAAACAGGCAGUUUAUACUCCACAAGCUGGAGAGUCUCAGCCGCAUGUUACUGAAGAAGAGGAAAUGCCACUCUCAUCACCCACAAGAACGGAACCACAGAGUAGUGAAACCGAUGAAAAGACAAAAAUGAAAGAGCCACCAAGUAAAUUGAGCGAAUCCGAUAGACUGACACACGUCGUCGAUUCAGCAGACUAUGACUUGGCGCAGGAAAAGCGACAUCUUUCCAGUGACAUCGCCACGGAUGCCGAGCAUCCCGCAGACCACCAUUCGCCCACACAGCCAUCUCUUCAUGUGCUACAAGAAGAAGCUUUGGGAAACGUUUUCAAAAUGAGAUUCUCAGACACAGCAGAGUUGGAGUCACCCGAACAGCAAUCAGCACAUACGCCAUCAUCGUAUCCCGAUGAGCAACAUUCGAUUGCUGGUGAUGACGAAUGGAAGGUCUACGACAGUAAAGGUGAAGUUGUUGAAGAAUUCUCUACUCAGCUGACAGAAGAGUUGAUACAAGAAGCAGAAACAAAUGCAAGUGUGCGGAGUGAGCAGUCCCCCCGAAAGUUUGUGAAGCAAGAGUCUUCUGAAGUGACGAUGGAACCAGAAGUUGACUACCAUUCAGAUCUUCAGGAAAAAUUGGAUAUCCUAGCUGAAGAGCGACGAGAAAAGUUGUUUUCAGUGCAAGAAGAAGAAGAUCAGCUAGAAGUUAUUGAUGAGACAGAUUACGAACAAGAAGCUCAUCAAGACCAUGAGAUUGAACAAGCUGCACUUCGCCUUGUAGACGAAGCAAUCACUGCUGCUAUGGAAGCACAUGAGGAAGCGAAAACGCAUACAUCAACAUCCGGGUCAAAUGUUUAUCAAACGGCGACGGAACAUUCCAAAGACGAACAAUAUGAUACCUGUGUAACUUCGCAAGAUACCUACGACUCGGCUCAGGAAUGGGCGUCGCAGGAGUCUGAAUACACAACAGCGGCAAGUGGAGCCACUAGUAGAUUGAGCGAAGCCGAAGAAAGACAAGGAAGUGUCACCCCGCUAGCAAUAUUGUCUCCUGUAGACUCGGACCGGCAUUUCACCGCAAAUCAAGAUUUCGAAGAAACAGUACCUGUGAUAAGGCACUUCAUGGUGGACGACACCGCAAGAUCAACGCCUGAUGUUCCACUUCAAGUGACUAUUGAAGAGGAAGAGGAAGAAUCGGAAGCCACUUUGCCUACCAGCCCCAGUGGCGUUCUGUUACCUCCACGAGUAGAUCCGGGUCGUCCAGUCUCUCCAGUUCCACCCACCCGUCAAACAGAUGAUGAUGAUGACGAAGAUUACUUUGUUUUUGUUGAAAAACCCCAGGACAAAGUUUCUUCCAAAUCAGAAGCAGAAAAGUUGCUGGAAAGACGAUCUACGGAAGCGGAAUCCACAAGUGAUAGCCAUGAAAAGUCGUAUUCUCGCCAACUUUCCGAUAUAUCAUCUAGCAGUUACGCGGACACGGUAAUUCAUCACGGAAAGGGGGACAUGGAGUCGGUGGCAGAUGUUGAAGACAUUUCCACUUAUGAGCAUGCAGGCUCCCCUGGGUUGGCAGAGGAGUCUUUAAAAACUAGUCCUGAAGAGAAAAGGUAA